GAAGUAGGACCAAAACAAAGGAGCGGCAUUCCCGAGCAGACUGCCUUUCUGCCUCCCUUCAACACACAUCUCCGCCCUGGCCGCCCACCCCGAGGAGCGGUCCGAUCAUGUCCAAUAUGGAGAAACACCUGUUCAACCUAAAGUUCGCGGCCAAAGAACUGAGCAGAAGUGCCAAAAAAUGCGACAAGGAGGAAAAGGCCGAAAAGACCAAAAUUAAAAAGGCCAUUCAGAAGGGCAACAUGGAAGUUGCCAGGAUACACGCUGAAAAUGCCAUUCGCCAGAAGAACCAGGCAGUGAAUUUCUUGAGAAUGAGUGCGCGGGUAGAUGCGGUGGCUGCCAGAGUCCAGACGGCGGUGACGAUGGGCAAGGUGACCAAGUCCAUGGCCGGGGUGGUUAAAUCGAUGGAUGCGACGUUGAAAACCAUGAAUCUAGAGAAGAUCUCUGCCUUGAUGGACAAAUUCGAGCACCAGUUUGAGACACUGGACGUCCAGACGCAGCAAAUGGAAGACACAAUGAGUAGCACGACAACGCUGACCACUCCCCAGAACCAAGUGGAUAUGCUGCUCCAGGAAAUGGCUGAUGAGGCCGGCCUGGACCUCAACAUGGAGCUGCCGCAGGGGCAGACCGGCUCCGUGGGCACGAGCGUGGCCUCGGCGGAGCAGGAUGAACUAUCCCAGAGACUAGCCCGCCUGCGAGAUCAAGUGUGACGACAGAACUCACUAUGAGGUUUCCUGUCUGUAGCCACCUUCUGAAAUGCUCUCUGUGUAUUAGAGAAAUAUUACACACUAGAAACUUUGAAUAUGUCAGAAUGCUGAAAUGCUCUUAAGAUGCUUCUACCUUUGGGUUUACACUGUUUUCAGAUACAUUAAGAAACUCCAGGCUUUCUCCACCCUUAACUGGAUUUUAAAGUUCUGUAUAGCAUGUGAUGAUGUGUAUUUUUAUAACUGCCUUAUAACAAGACUAGUUAAUUUGGUAUAUAUGAAUUUUUUUCAAAAUUUUGAUCAAAACUCUAGUUCCUCUGUAUUCUGUUUUCUGUCCGGAUUGUCAACAUUGAAUUUUUUUUUAAUUUAACGUAAUUGGUAAUAUAUAAAAUUGACAUGUGGAGAAUGAUUAGUUUGAUUACAGGGCUAUAAACACCUCAUUCAGCUUAUUUAAUGGACAGUGCCAUUUCUAUGUAUCCUUUGUUUUUUGCCAUCAAACAAGAACUACAGUUAUGACUAUUAAUCUGUUUUUGUAACUUAUGCAAAAAUACCUUAGGACAGUCUUAUGUAAUACCCCUUUAUUGUUUAUGUUCUGUAAGUUUUUGUGUGGUAGUUGUCUUAUUUAACAACAACAAAAAAAGUGCCACAUAACUUCCAUUAUAAGAAAAAAUUGUUCAGUUGUGUUGUUUUACUUACUAAAUAGUUUUUUUAAGAUUUACAAGGUUUAACAUAUGACAGUUUCUUUUGAAUGAUCUUCUAUAACAUUUCUAGUUAUUUUCCUAUUUCAGUACUUUAAUUAGACUUCUUAUAAAAUGUUAAUUAGCAUGGCAGUCAUAUUACUCACUCUGUAACAUUGCCAAAGAACUGUUUGUUUGAGAAAAACCCGGGUCUGUGUUUGUAGGUUUGUAGGUUUUGUUUUGAUUUUAACAACCAAAACUAGAAAAUUCUAGUUAUUUGCACUUAUUAUGUUAUUCUUAAAACAACUCUUUAAAAACCUUGGAAACAUAAGUUAGAAUGGUUUACUUAGCCAUGCAAGCCAGCUGGAAGUCAGGAAGGAAAGAUGCAGACUUGGACAAUAUGCUUACCCUCUAAGGCUAGAGCCCAGCUGUGCUGCCUUCCAUCCUUCUGGAAUAGCAGUGUGUACUUUCUGGCUGAAAAGGAAAGCAUGUAGCCAAAACUUUCUUUUAGGCUCAAAACAUGAAGAACACCAGUUCGCUUUUGCUUUGUCAAAUAUGUUCAUCUAAGUUAAAUGCUUACGGAUAUUUUAAAUUUUCUUUGCUUCACUGGAAGAUUUCUCCAUAAGAGAAUUUCAGUGUUUCCGAAAAUAAUUAUAGGGACUCUUCCAGGCCCUUUGAAAGAUUCACCAUUAUAACAUGCUUUCAUUAUAACAUGCUUUCCAGUGUGAAUGAGAGUGUUUAAGGGGGAAACAAAACCAUGUACAUGUAGAUGAGAACUGACCCUUGUAUUUGUCUUUAUGUGUGACUGGUGGUGGUUCUGUAGUCUUCUGUAAGGGACACAUCUGUUCAUUGCCCACAUCUAUUUUUGUUUUUUCCUCUCAUCCACAUGGUUGCACAGAGGCAGCUGUGUGAGUACAGCAUGAGUUGUAACCCCUCUUUAGACUGGAAAAAAAUAAAACCUUGAAAAUAGCUUAAUGUUGAAUCCUUUGAUAAAUGAAGACCCUUUUAUAAUGCAAAUAUUCCCAACAAUAUAUUAAUAUAUUU